AGAUGAUCCUCACCAUUACCAUCUUUCACCCUACCUUCUUCUCAAGAACUCAUCUCCAAUAAGGUGUUUCAUCAAAAGUCAAAACCAUGGCUGACACCAAACAAGAUAUGGAGAAUUCAGAUGAUGGGAGAAAGAUAGUGAAGAUGAGCUCGCUUAAACAGAAAGCGAUAAGUGCAUCAAAUAGAUUCAAGAACUCGUUCAAGAAGAAGACUCGGAGGACCAGCAGCAAAAUCGUGUCCGCAGCCAAUACAGAUGACAUCAAUGGGGAGGAUUAUCUGUCUGUGGAAGCGUUCCGUCAAGUCCUUGUCCUCAACGACCUUUUGCCUUCCAAACACGACGAUCUUCACAUGAUGCUCAGAUUCUUAAGGGCGAGAAAAUUUGACAUUGAGAAAGCAAAGCAAAUGUGGAGUGACAUGCUUCAAUGGAGGAUGGAUUUCGGAGUCGAUACAAUCAUUGAGGAUUUCGAGUUUGACGAGAUCGAUGAAGUACUCAAACAUUAUCCGCAAGGUUAUCAUGGAGUGGACAGAGAAGGCAGGCCGGUUUACAUUGAAAGAUUAGGUCAAAUCGAUGCAAACAAGCUGUUACAAGCGACUACAAUGGACCGGUAUGAGAAAUACCAUGUGAAAGAGUUCGAGAAGAUGUUCAAGAUCAAGUUCCCUUCUUGCUCUGCCGCAGCCAAGAAGCACAUUGACCAAAGCACAACCAUUUUUGAUGUGCAAGGCGUGGGGCUUAAGAACUUCAACAAAUCUGCGAGAGAGCUGCUUCAGCGACUUCUGAAGAUCGAUAAUGACAAUUACCCUGAGACUUUGAACAGAAUGUUCAUCAUCAAUGCCGGUCCUGGAUUCCGGCUCUUGUGGGGUCCAAUUAAAAAGUUCCUUGAUCCAAAAACGACAUCAAAGAUUCAUGUUCUUGGGAACAAAUACCAGCCCAAAUUGCUCGAAGCCAUCGACCCUAGCGAGUUGCCACAUUUCUUUGGCGGCCGUUGCACUUGUGCAGACAAAGGUGGCUGCUUGCGAUCUGACAAAGGCCCAUGGAAUGAUCCUGAGCUUCUUAAGAUACCUAAGAGCCCUGAAGCCAGAUUCUCGACAAUUUCAGAGGAUGACCACUUGCUUGUAGAAGAAGGAACAUCAAUCUCGAUGGUCUUUGAACCUCUAGAGAGAAACAAAUUGAAAACCAUCGAAGAGAAUGUGAGUGAGAAGAACAUUGCCGCGGUUGACAAGUUCAUGGCUCUGUCUUUGCCUCCAAAACCUAAUUUAAAAACCCUAAGAAAAGGGAAGGAGCCACAAAGGAAAGAUGAUGGCUUUCUUGUGGGAGGGGUUAUCGCUUUUGUGAUGGGAAUUGUUGCAAUGCUCCGGCUAUCUAAAGACGUUCCAAGGAAGCUCACGGAUGCUGCAUUAUUCGGUAACUCAGUUUUCUACGAGGAAACAAAAAUGUCUAAACCGAACCAAGAGCAAUUUCCAGCACCAGUCUCAAGCUCCGAGUACACAACUAUGGUGAAACGUAUGGCCGAGCUUGAAGAAAAGUAUAAGUCCCUUGACUCAAAAUCAGCAGAUGAUGCUUUAGAGAAAGAGGAUAAACUUCAGGCUGCGCUUAACCGAGUUCAAGUGCUUGAGCAUGAGUUAUCUGAGACCAAAAAGGCUUUGGAUGAAACGAUGGUUAACCAGAAGGGGAUUCUUGAAUAUAUUGAGAAGAAAAAGAAGAAGAAGAGUCUGUUUUUCAGGUUCUAAAUUCGCUAACAAUGGUAUUAUCUCCCGCGAAAAUACGAAAAGCAACAGAGUGUUUCUCUUACAAUUAUGAGGAAUAUAUAAAUGCAUAUAGUGGAACUAAACUGUCUGAUUUGUA